AUGGAUGAUUUCGGUGCAUUUCUUAAUGAAAAUUUUCACGAUGACUUUUUGGAACUUCCUGAUUUGCAGAAUGACGACAGUAGAAUGUAUGAGGUGUUUCUGAGUUUUAGAGGAGAGGACACACGAGCUUCUUUCACUUCGCAUCUCUCUGCCUCUCUUCAACAAGCCGGAAUCACCGUUUUCAAGGAUGACGACUCGCUUCCAAGGGGAGAUCACAUUUCAGACUCGCUUCUGCGAGCAAUUGAGCAGUCUCAUAUUUCUAUCAUCGUUUUCUCAAGAAAUUAUGGAGGUUCAAGAUGGUGUCUACAAGAAUUGGAGAAAAUAAUGGAGUGUCACAGAACCAUAGGUCAGGUAGUUCUGCCCGUGUUCUAUGAUGUUGAUCCCUCUGAAGUUCGUCACCAAACAGGUGAGUUUGGAAAUGCUUUUCAAAAUCAUUCUAACAGAUACACAACCACCAAACGGAAGCUGCUGACUGGACUUUGUGCGAACAAGAAACACAUCAUGGUGACUCGAUGGAUUUCAGCACGACAUAGAGUUUUAACGAACUGGAGGACGGCGCUUCGUGAGGCUGCUGGAAUUUCAGGUUUUGUAGUCCUAAAUUCUAGGAAUGAAAGUGAGGCUAUUGAGAAUGUUGUUGAAAAUGUUACACGUUUGCUAGACAAAACAGAGUUGUUCAUUGCUGAUAAUCCUGUGGGAAUAGAAUCUCGAGUGCAAGAUAUAAUUCAGCUACUAGACAACCAUCUAUCAAAUGAUGUUCUGCUACUUGGAAUGUGGGGGAUGGGAGGCAUUGGUAAAACAACCAUUGCUAAAGCCAUAUACAACAAAAUUGGCCGCAAUUUUGAGGGUAGGAGCUUCCUUGCACAUAUUAGGGAAACUUGGAGGCAAGAUGGUGGUCAAGUGAGUUUACAAGAACAACUUUUGUUUGAUAUCUACAAGAAAGUGAAAAUAAAGAUAAAUAGCACUGAAUCAGGAAAAAGUAUAUUAAAGGAAAAACUUCGAUGUAAAAGGGUUCUUCUUGUACUUGAUGAUGUGAAUGAAUUAGACCAAUUGAAUGCUUUGUGUGGAAGUCGUAAUUGGUUUGGUUCAGGGAGUAGAAUAAUUAUUACAACCAGAGAUAAGAGUAUACUUAGAGGGAAUAGGGUCGACAAAGUAUACAUAAUGAAGGAAAUGGAUGAAGGUGAAUCUCUUGAGCUUUUUAGUUGGCAUGCAUUCAAGCAAGCAAUUCCUAAAAGUGGUUUUGCUGAAAUUUCUAGAAAUGUAGUAGCGUAUUCUGGGGGACUGCCACUAGCUCUCGAAGUCCUUGGGUCCUAUUUGUUUGAUAUGGUGGUCACAGAGUGGGAAAUUGUAUUAGAGAAACUCACAAGAAUUCCCAAUGAUCAAGUACAAAAGAAGUUGAAAAUAAGCUAUGAUGGUUUAAAUGAUGACACAGAGAAAGACAUAUUCCUUGAUAUAGCUUGUUUCUUUAUUGGGAUGGACCGAAAUGAUGUUAUACACAUAUUGAACGGAUGUGGACUUUUCGCAGAAAACGGAAUACGUGUCCUUGUAGAGAGAAGCCUUGUAACUGUCAAUGAUAAGAAUAAGCUUGGAAUGCAUGAUUUGCUACGAGAUAUGGGAAGAGAAAUCAUUCGGGCUGAAUCCCCAAAGGAUUUUGAGAAGCCAAGAAUCUAUGAUGUGUUUUUGAGUUUUAGAGGAGAAGAUACUCGUGCUACCUUCACUUCUGAUCUCAGUUCCUCUCUCCAACAAGAUGGAAUCACUGUUUUCAAGGAUGACGAGUCGCUUUCAAAGGGGAGUCACAUUUCACCCUCGCUACUACGAGCAAUCGAACAAUCUCAAAUUUCUAUUGUUGUUUUCUCAAAAAAUUACGCAGGUUCAAGAUGGUGUCUGCAAGAAUUGGAGAAAAUAAUGGAGUGUCACACAACAAUAGGGCAAGUGGUUCUGCCAGUGUUUUAUGGUGUGGAUCCCUCUGAAGUGCGUCACCAAACAGGUGAGUUUGGAAAAGCUUUUGAAAAUGUUUGGGGUAAGAUUUCGACGGAAGAAGAGAAGGCACAGAACAAGAGACCCGUUGUAGAGAGUCAACGGCGUGCACAAGACAUUGUAACAACGAAUUGGAAGACGGCGCUUCGUAAAGCUGCUGGAAUUGCAGGUUUCGUAGUCCUACAUUCUAGGAAUGAAAGCGAGGCUAUAGACAAUGUUGUUGAAAAUGUUACACGUUUGCUGGACAAAACAGAGUUGUUUGUUGCUGAUAAUCCUGUGGGAGUAGAAUCUCGAGUCCAAAAUGUGAUUCAGCUACUAGACCACCAUCUGUCAAAUGACGUUCUACUAGUCGGGAUGUGGGGGAUGGGAGGCGUUGGUAAAACAACAAUCGCGAAAGCCAUAUAUAACAAAAUUGGCCGAAAUUUUGAGGGUAGAAGCUUCCUUGCACAUGUUAGAGAAGCUUGGGGGCAAGAUGCUGGUCAAGUGAAUUUACAAGAACAACUUUUGUUUGAUAUCUACAAGAAAAUGAAAACAAAGAUACAUAGCAUUGAAUCAGGAAAAAACAUGUUAAUGGAAAAACUUCGCAAUAAAAGGGUUCUUCUAGUACUUGAUGAUGUUAGUGAAAUGGACCAAUUGAAUGCUUUGUGUGGAAGUCGUAAUUGGUUUGGUUCAGGUAGUAGAAUAAUUAUUACAACUAGAAAUAAGAGUAUACUUAGAGGGAACAGGGUAGACAAAGUAUACAUAAUGGAAGAAAUGAAUGAAAGUGAAUCUAUUGAGCUUUUUAGUUGGCAUGCAUUCAAGCAAGCAAGUCCAAAAAGUGAAUUUGCUGAAAUUUCUAGAAAUGUAGUUGCAUAUUCUAGGGGAUUGCCACUAGCUCUUGAAGUCCUUGGGUCCUAUUUGUUUGAUAUGGAGAUUGUAAAGUGGAAAAGUUUAUUGGAGAAACUCAAAAUAAUUCCCAAUGAUCAAGUACAAAAAAAGUUGAAAAUAAGCUAUGAUGGUUUAAACGAUGAUACACAGAGAGAAAUAUUUCUUGAUAUAGCUUGUUUCUUUAUUGGGAUGGACCGAAACGAUGUUAUACACAUUCAGAAUGGGUGUGGACUUUUUCCAGAAAUUGGAAUACAUGUCCUUAUAGAGCGAAGUCUUGUAACUGUUGAUGAUAAGAACAAGCUUGGAAUGCAUGAUUUGCUACGAGAUAUGGGAAGAGAAAUCAUCCGUGUUGAAUCCCCUAAGGAGUUUGAGAAGCGUAGCAGGUUAUGGUUUCAUGAGGAUGCAUAUGAUGUGUUAUCGUCACAAAUUGGAACAGAAGCUGUUGAGGGAUUAGCUUUGAAGUUUUCAGGAACUAAAGCAAAAUGUUUCAAUACUAAAGCAUUUGAAAAGAUGAAAAGACUCAGAUUACUUCAACUUAACGGGGUACAACUUGAUGGAAAUUUUGAAUAUCUUUCAAGAAAUCUAAGAUGGCUUUGUUGGCAUGGAUUUCCUUUAACAUACAUACCAACAAACUUCUAUCAAGGGCGUUUAGUUUCUAUUGAGUUAGAAAACAGCAAUGUCAAACAAGUGUGGGAAAAGGCCCAGUUUAUGGACAAGCUGAAAAUUCUCAAUCUUAGUCAUUCUCAUUACUUGACAAAGAUACCAGACUUUUCAUAUUUGCCUAAUCUUGAAAAAUUAGUACUUGUGGAUUGCAGAUGCUUGUCCCAGAUUUCCCAUACUAUUGGACUUCUUAGCAAAGUUCUCCUUAUAAAUUUAAAAGAUUGUGUUAGCCUUUGUAAACUUCCAAGAAGCAUCUAUAAAUUAAAAUCUUUGAAAACUUUAAUUCUUUCGGGAUGCUUAAUGAUUGAUAAGUUGGAAGAGGAUAUAGAACAAAUGGAAUCUUUGACAACCCUGAUUGCAGAUAAGACAGCAAUAACAAGUGUGCCAUUUUCAGUAAUAAGAUCUAAUCCUUAUCCAAACAUGACUCACGAUGUGUUCAUCAAUUUCUGUGGCAAAGACACUGAAUCUUUUGCUUCACGUCUCUAUAACGCUCUUACGAAGGCUAGAGUUUCUGUUUUCAACGACCGUGACAAGCUUAUAAGCGGAGAUCUGAUGCCACCCUCAGUGCUGCGUGCAAUCGAAGCUUCCAGAAUUUUUAUCAUCGUUUUCUCAAGAUAUUAUGCUGAUUCGAUGUGGUGUUUGGAAGCGUUAGAGAAAAUAAUGGAGUGUCACAGAACCAAAAGUCAAGCGGUUGUGCCUGUGUUUUACGAUGUCGAUCCUUCCGAUGUUCAAAAUCAGAAAGGCAUGUUUGGAGAAUCUUUUGAAGAAUUUGUUAAAAGAAUGUUGGUGGAGAAAGACAAAUUAAGGAGUUGGAGGGUAGCACUCAGUGAGGCUAGCAACAUUUCGAUUUUUUUCAUGAUGUAUUCCAGGAAUGAAAGUAAAGACAUUAAGAAUGUAGUUCAACGUGUUACUCGUUUACUAAAUGUAUGUAACACAUAUUCCUUCCCAGCUCGCCAUGUAGUUGGAGUACAAUCUCGUGUGCAAGAAGUGAUUCAAUUAUUGAACAACCAACAAUCAAAAUAUCCUCUACUACUAGGGAUAUGGGGGAUGGGAGGCAUUGGAAAAACAAUCCUUGCUGUAGCCCUUUACAAUCAAAUUGGUCAUUUUUUUGAGGGUAAGAGCUUCCUUAGAAAUGUUGGGGAAACAUGGAACCAAGAUGGUGAAAUAUCUUUACAGCAACAACUUCUUUCUGAUAUCUAUGGACCAACAAAGAUAGAGCUAGGAAAAGGUGAGUCUGGAAAAAUGAUAUUGAAGAAAAGGCUUAGCCAAAAAAAGAUAUUUCUUGUGCUUGAUGAUGUGGAUGAAUUGGACCAAAUGAGAACUUUGUGUGGACGUCGUGAAUGGUUUGGUGCUGGAAGUAGAAUAAUCAUCACAACAAGAAAUAGGCAUCUACUUAAUGUGAUUGGAGUUGACCAUGUAUAUAGAGUAAAUGAAUUGGAUGAAAAUGAUUCUAUUGAGCUUUUUAGUCAAAUAGCAUUUAUGCAACCAAGUCCCAAAGAAGCCUUUGUACAACUUUCACAAGAGAUAGUAGCUUAUUGUAAAGGAUUGCCGCUUGCUCUUAAAGUCAUUGGAUCUUUGUUGCAUUGUGAAAGCAGAACAACAUGGGAGUCACAAUUGAUAGAACUCAAAAGAAGGCCCAAUAAGAUAGUAAAUGAUGUUCUAAAACAAAGUUUUGAUAAAUUGAAUUAUGAAGAGAAAAUAAUAUUCCUUGAUAUAACAUGCUUUUUUGUUGGGAUGGACCGAAAUGAUGUAAUACAUAGAUUCAACACUUCAACACAAGUCACAGAGCAUGUAAUAGAUGCCCUUCAAGACAAAGCCCUUUUAACCAUUGAUGAGAAUGACAAGCUUGGAAUGCAUCCUCUGCUGCAAGACAUGGGAAGAGAAAUCAUUAGGGAAGAAUCACAGAAGAAACGUGAGGUGCGUAACAGGACGUGGUUUCUUGAAUAUCCACAUAUCUAUGAUGUGUUCUUAAGUUUUAGAGGGCGAGACACUCGUGCAUCAUUCGUUUCACAUCUCUAUACCUCUCUUGAAAAUGCUGGGAUUUAUGUUUUUAGAGACGAUGAUGAGAUUCAAAGGGGGGAUCAAAUCUCAUUAUCACUGCUACAAUCAAUCGGAAGCUCAAAAAUUUGUGUGAUUGUUUUGUCAAGAAAUUAUGCUAGUUCAAGAUGGUGCAUGACAGAGUUGGAGAACAUAGUAGAACAUUGCAAAGCCAUAGUGCCUGUGUUUUAUGAAGUAGAUCCCUCAGAUGUACGCAAUCAGACAGGCGAGUUUGGAAAAGCAUUUAAAGAUCUUAUGAGAAAAAUCUUAGUGGAUCAAAAGAAGUUGAAGAAAUGGGAGUUGGCACUCCUUGAAGUUGGUGGCAGAGCAGGGAUUGUCGUCGUAAAUUCCAGGAACGAAAGUGAGGAUAUUCAAAAAGUAGUUGAACAUGUUAGUAAUUUGCUGGAUAACAAAGAUUUGUUCGUUGCUGAUCAUCCAGUGGGGGUGGAAUCUCGUGUACAAGAUAUGAUUCAACUAUUGUAUAGCCAUCAACCAAAGCAUCCUUUAUUACUAGGGAUAUGGGGGAUGGGAGGGAUUGGUAAAACAACUAUUGCUAAAGCCACCUAUAAUAAAAUUCGUCGCCAUUUUGAGGCUAAGUGUAUCCUCCUAAAUGUUAGAGAAGUUUGGGAACAAAAUAAUGGCCAAGUUUCUUUACAACAACGACUUCUUUCUGAUAUCUACAAAACGACCAAGAUAAAGAUUGAUACUGUUGAAUCAGGAAAGAUGAUAUUAAAAGAAAGACUUAGCCAAAAAAGAAUAUUUCUUUUGCUUGACGAUGUAAAUAAAUUGGACCAAAUGAGAGGUUUGUGUGGAAGUUAUGAUUGGUUUGGUAAGGGAAGUAGAAUAAUCAUCACAACAAGAGAUGAAAGUUUGCUUAGGGGGUUUGGAUUUAUUCAUGUAUAUAGUAUGAAAGCAAUGGACGAAAAUGAAUCUUUUGAGCUCUUUAGUUGGCAUGCAUUUAAGCAACCAAAUCCAAGAGAAGGUUUUGCUAUCCUUUCUAGAGAUGUAGUUAAAUAUUGCGGAGGAUUGCCACUGGCUCUUCAAGUCAUUGGGUCCUUUUUAUUGACCAAGUGUAGGAGGACAACAGAAUGGGAGAGUGUUUUGGAGAAACUCAAAAUCAUUCCAGAUGAAGAAGUAUUGACGAAGCUCAGAAUCAGUUUUGAUGGUUUAUGUGAUGAUGAUGUGAAAGACAUAUUUCUUGAUAUAGCAUUUUUCUUUAUUGGGAUGGAAAAGGAUGAUGCAAUUGGAAUAUUAAAUGACUGUGGACAUUUUGCAGAAAUUGGAAUAAAUAUUCUUGUACAACAAAGCCUCAUCACUAUUGAUGAUAAGAACAAGAUUAGAAUGCACGAUUUGUUACGAGACAUGGGAAGGGAAAUUGUUCGCCAAAAAUCAACCAAGAUAGUGGAGCAAGGCAGAACGGUAUGGGUGUAUGACGUGUUCUUGAGUUUUCGAGGAGAGGACACACGUGCUUCCUUCACUUCACAUCUCUAUGCCGCUCUUCAACAAGCAGGAAUCACUGUUUUCAAGGACGAUGAGUCGCUUCCGAGGGGAGAUCACAUUUCAGAGUCGCUACUGCGAGCAAUUGAACGGUCUCAAGUUUCUACUAUUGUUUUUUCGAGAAAUUAUGGAGGUUCAAGAUGGUGUUUGCAAGAGUUAGAGAAAAUAAUGAAGAGUCAGAGAACUAGGCAACAGGUAAUUCUGCCUGUGUUCUAUGACGUUGAUCCUUCUGAAGUGCGUCAUCAAACCGGUGAGUUUGGAAAGGCAUUUGAAAAUCUUUUGAACAGAAUUUCAAUAGAGGAAGAUGAGGUGCUGAGUUGGAGGAUGGCGCUUCGCGAAGCUGCUGAUAUUUCAGGGAUUGUAGUCCUAAAUUCCAGGAAUGAGAGUGAAGAUAUCAAGAAUAUUGUUGAACAUGUCGCUCAUUUGGUAGAUAAGAGAGAAUUAUUUGUUGCUAAUCAUCCCGUGGGAAUAGAAUCUCGCUUGAAAGUUGUUAUUGAACUGUUAAACAGCCAGCAAUCAAAAGAUGUUCUAAUUCUAGGAAUUUGGGGAAUGGGAGGGUUAGGUAAAACAACCAUUUCUAAAGCCAUUUAUAACAAAAUUGGGCGAAAUUUUGAGGGUAAGAGCUUCCUCUUAAAUAUCAGGGAAGUCUGGGAGCAGAAUAUUAAUCGAGUUUCUUUACAACGACAGAUGCUUAGUGAUAUUUGCAAAUCAACAGCAUCGAAGUUACUUGACAUUGAAUCAGGAAAAAAUAUUUUAAAGGAAAGACUUGCCCAAAAAAAGGUACUCCUUAUACUUGAUGAUGUGAAUAAAUUGGAUCAAUUGAAUGCUUUGUGUGGUAGCUGGGAAUGGUUUGGCUCAGGAAGUAGAAUAAUCAUCACAACAAGAGAUGAACAUCUACUUAAAGUUCAUGGAGUUGAUCAUAUAUACAGAAUGGAAAAAAUGAAUGAAACUGAAUCCCUUGAGCAUUUUAGUUGGCAUGCUUUCAAGAAAGCAAGCCCUAAAAAUGAUUUUGUUGAACUUUCAAGGAAUGUUGUCAUUUAUUCUGGGGGAUUGCCCUUAGCACUUGAAGUCCUUGGGUCUUAUUUGUUUGAUAGGGGAAUAACAGAAUGGAAAAGUGUAUUGGAUAAAUUGAAAAAAAUUCCCAAUAAUGAAGUACAGAAGAAGUUGAGAAUAAGUUUCGAUUGUUUAAAUGAUGAUAGAGAGAAAGAAAUAUUCCUUGACAUAGCUUGCUUCUUUAUUGGUAUGAAUCGCAAUGAUGUUAUACAAAUAUUAAAUGGUUGUGGAUGCUUUCCAGAGAUUGGAAUUAGUGUUCUUGUAGAGCGAUGCCUUGUUACUGUUGACAAUAAGAACAAGCUUGGAAUGCAUGAUUUGCUAAGAGACAUGGGAAGAGAAAUAAUUCGUGAAAAAUCGCCAGAUGAUCCUGAGGAACGUAGCAGGUUAUGGCUUAGUGAAGAAGUUAUUGAUGUAUUAUCAAAAUAUAAGGGAACAAAAGCUAUUAAGGGACUGACUUUGAAGUUAACCGAGAAAACUACAAUUUGCUUGAAGACCAAAGCAUUUAAGAAGAUGAAUAGUCUUAGACUGCUUCAACUUUUUGGUGUGCAACUUGAUGGGGAUUUUAAAUAUCUUUCAGGAGAUCUUAGAUUUCUAUGCUGGCAUAGCUUUCCUUUAAGUUGCAUGCCUGCAGAAUUUCGUCAAACAAGUUUAGUUGCCAUUGAAUUGAAACAUAGCAAUCUUAAACAAAUGUGGGAGAAGGCCCAGGUGCUAGUGAAUCUAAAAAUUCUCAAUCUUAGUCAUUCCCAUGACUUGACCAAAACGCCAAACUUUUCGUACUUGCCUAAUCUUGAAAAGCUAUUACUUAAAGAUUGUCCAAGUUUGUCUGCUAUCUCCCAUACUAUUGGAUAUCUAAAUAAGCUUCUUCUGUUAAAUUUGAAAGCGUGUACGGGCCUUCAAAAGCUCCCCAGAAGUAUCUAUAAAUUGAAAUCUCUGGAAACUUUAAUUCUUUCUGGAUGUUCAAAGAUUGACAAGUUAGAGGAAGACUUGGAACAGAUGAAAUCUUUGACAAUUUUGAUUGCAGAUAAUACUGCCAUAAUGAAAGUCCCCUUCUCAAUAAUAAGAUCAAAAAGCAUUGGAUAUAUUUCUUUAUGUGGCUUUGAAGGAUUUUCACGUGAUAUAUUUCCUUCUCUCAUUUGGUCUUGGAUGUCACCAACAAAUAUUUUGUCAUCCCUAAUUCAAUCAAAUAUGAGUAUGUCUUCUCGUGUUUUCUUAGAUGGCCCAGAUAGUAGCUUUUAUAGUGUAUCAUCUAUUUUGAAGGACCUUCCAAAACUUAGAAGCCUUUAUGUGGUGUGUGACUCAGAAUUCCAACUAACUCAGGAUGUUAGAAGAAUUUUGGACAUCUUAAAAGGCACAAAUUAUAAGAAAUUGGAAGCAAGUGUAUUUACGUCACAAAUCUCUGAUGUGAAAAGUUCUCCAUUAGUUGAUUGUCAUGGUCAAAUUCAUGUUUUAGAGUCAAAGAAUUUCUUAAAAUCCCUUUUAAUACAGAUUGGAGCUAAAGGUCAGAUGCUCAAUAUUCUCAAAGAAAGUAUUUUACAGGCUACGCAUGGGCUUGGAGAUUUUCUUUCCUUCCCUGGUGAUAAUUAUUUUGAUUGGUUAACCUUCCAUUGUAAAGGUUCUUCGGUAAUAUUUGAAGUCCCACAUAUGAAUGGACAUAACCUGAGGAGCAUGAUGUUGUCCAUUUUCUAUUAUUCUCCCGAUGACAUGAUAUCAGAGGGGUGUCAAAAUGUGUUAAUCAAUAAUUACACUAAGAGAACCAUUCUGGUCUAUAAAAGAGAUACACUAACCUCCUUUGAAGAUGAGGACUGGCAGAGCAUAACAUCAAAUCUAGAACCUGGUAACAAGGUGGAGGUUAUUGUUGUUUAUGGGCAAGGAUUCAUUGUGAAGAAUACAACAAUAUAUCUCUUAUAUGAUAAACAAAUUGAUGAAGCAAUGGAACACUGCCAUGCAGUAGAUAGGGAUGAUAUAGUUUCUGGUCAUGAAGUAACAAUGUGCAAAAGUGUUUGUGAUUCUGGUGGGAAUGAUAUAGCAACAGAGAAAAAUUUUCCUGUUUCUGGUGAUGAUGGUAUGCCAAUGGAUAAGAUUGUUGUUUCUAAGGGUAAUGAAUAUGUAUGUGAUAAUAAAGAGUGCAAUGCUGCAGACAAGGAUGUUGUUUCUAGUGACGAUAUGGCAGAUGAAAAGAAUUAUACUAUUACUGGAAGUGAUGAUAUCCCAGCAGAUAAGAAUGUAAUUGUUUCUCACGCAGAUGAAAAUUUGAAGCCAUUGGACACGUUGAAUUGCUUCAAAUACUAA